AUGAUAUGGAUUUUCCUUCCAAUUUUAGCAGCCUCUCUUAAAGUUGACCAAUCAAAAGAUUUAACAAAAAUUGCAUUUGGGUCUUGUGCAAAUCAAUUUGGGAAUGAUAAUCCGGAUCUUUAUAAAUCAAUACAAAAUUUAAACCCGGACCUUUUUAUAUGGCUUGGCGAUAUAAUUUACUCAGACGUUCUUGUAUUUCACCCUCCUUUUUUCAAAACUCGGGACCCAGAAGCCACAAGAAAAAUGUACCAAAAUUUUAAAAAUAAUACAGAAUAUAAAGCCUUGACAGAAAAAACAAUGAUAACAGGGAUUUGGGAUGACCACGAUUACGGAAUUAAUAAUGGUGAUAAACAUUUUCCUCUAAAAGAUGCUUAUAAAGAAUUAUUUCUUGAGUUUAUUGAUGAAAAAGACAAUAUAAAUAGAACAAGCCAUAAAGCUAAAUUAAACUAUAAUUAUGGCCUUAAAGUCUGGGAAGCUUCCCAAUGAGACAGUCUACCUAAGCCCUGAAGGUAUAUUUCACCACCUCUCUCGCUAGUCCACUGCUCCAUCAGGAAGUGUCGCCUCGGAGUCCAAUUUCAGUUAACGUCACCAUUUUAUUUCAAUAAGCCAUAAAGGAAUUUAUAUUUCAUUUAGCUUUGGGAAAUAAUGCAUUAAAAUGGGCCUGCUCUCUCUCUCUCUCUCCAAUGGUCUGAAUCUUAACGCCAAGGUGAGCUGAAAUGGAUUCCAAGCAAAAAUCAAGUGCAGCCUCAGCAGAUAUGUAUCCAGGUAGGUUUGACUACUUUUAUGUGAUUGGAAUGGAGGAACAUAGCUAUGUCUUCGGACUGUUUGUCAUUCCUCAACCGAAAAGCCUGGGUUUCUUCUGGGUAAACGGAGGAUGUCUUUUCCCCUUAAAUGUUAAGUUAAGGCAUUUUGGCAUAGACUCUAUGGAGCAUAUCCUUAGAAAUUAGCUACUUCCAAUCGCCUAUCGCAGAGCUUCAGAAACCUAUCAGCCGCUCACUAAAGACUAAACCUUAAAGGUAAGGAGGAAAACAACCUGUAAAGCCUCCUGGUCAGAUCAUCGCAAGUCCAGUAAAACUCCCAUACAAAAAGUUUGGCUGCUUUAAUAGCCUAACCUUUGGAAAUAAUGGAAAAACUGUCAAGCUUAUUUUGCUUGAUAAUCGCUAUUUUAAUGAAAAAGAUGUAGACAUCCUAGGCGAAGAGCAAUGAAAAUGGCUCGAAAACCAAUUAAAAACGCCUGGAGAUAUCACUUUGAUAGCAAGUGGGAUACAAGUUUAUACAGAAGAUCGUUUUGGGAAAGCAGAAAGAUGGGAUGAAUACUCAAGAAAUAAACUUUUAAGCUUAAUCAACGACAUCUCAGGAGUAAUUCUUUUAACUGGAGAUGUCCACAUGGCAGAAAUAUUGAAAAUUACUUGUAAUGAUAAUUUAUUUUACGAAGUUACGUCAAGCGGCAUGACUCAUACAAUAACUACGACGGGAGGAAAUUUGAUAUUGCUUUAUCUCUAUGGAUGGCUUCCUUUUACCUUUAACGUAGGGCAUAGGGUCACAGUUAAAAAUUUUGGAUUUAUAGAGAUUGACUGACAGUUUAGACUUUUAAAAAUGUCUAUAAGAAACUCUUAUGGAAAUAUUUUGAUUGAAGAAAAAAUCAGCCUGGAUCAUUUUUCGUCAAAUUUUGAGAGAAGCUAUUAUUGUGAUAAGAAGCCAAGAUAUAGAAAAAUUGUGCAUGUUCUGUCAUUUUGGGCAGUAUUUUAUGUGCCUUUAUUGCUAUUAGGUAUAGACACAUUGAUUUUCUUUAGAAAAUGGUCUCACUCAUAUUAG